UGUUCUCCAUUUUUCUUAAAAGUAAAACCCUAACAUCAUUAAUCUCAUUCAUUCCUACGCAUAAAAGUUCCAAAAAGUUCAACCUUUUUUGGAAUGGCUGAAGGUGGAGAAGAAGAAGAUUUCUGUGAGAACUAUUUUUUGCUGAAGGUUGAAGAGGCUAGCUUCUUAGAUUUCGUAAGAAUACUAUGGUGUAAUGAUUUAGGGCAAAGGAAUUUCUUCAAAGCUAAGAAGACAGCUGCUUCAGGUAAACUUAGGAGUUUCAGACAUAGAUGGAUUGUGUUCAUCUCUCUAUUGCUUCAGAAGAUCUUACUCUACUUGAAGAAGCCAAUGGCCGCCGCGGGGUCCGCCCUCGAGAUGUUCCUCAAUUUUCCGGCCUUCAAUGGCGGCUAUCUGUCCCUCUUCUCCAACCUCUUCACAGGGAGGUUGGUGAGGCCGGAUAAGGAAUCGGAGAGAUUUGCAUCGUUGGUCGGGAAUUUGGACAAGAGAUUGAAUUUGGACACCAAGAUGGUUGUAAGAGAAGAAUAUUUUGCAGCUCUGGCCAUGAUGGGAGCCAAAUUAUCAUAUGAAAAUCAAUCUUUUGUUCAAAAAGUUGUUUCAAAUCGUUGGCAGAUGGAGCUCUUGGGCUUCUACAACUUUUGGAAUGAUUUCCAGGAACUGAACACAACGUCGGCGAUCAUGUUCCGGGACACAACCGCCGAUCCCAACCUAAUCGUCGUAGCCUUCAGAGGCACGCAGCCGUUUGCUGCGGACGACUGGCGUACGGACGUCGACAUCUCCUGGUACGAAUUCAAGGAUGUCGGAAGAAUCCACGGCGGCUUCAUGAAGGCCCUGGGCUUACAAAAAUCCACAGGCUGGCCGGAGCAAAUCCCGCCACCACCACCAUCGCCGCCGCCGCCGAAAUCAUACGCCUACUACACCCUCCGCGACAAACUGAAAACCCUAAUCGACGAAAACGAGAAUGCCAAAUUCAUCCUGACAGGGCACAGUCUGGGAGGCGCCAUGGCAGUUUUAUUUGCAGCAGUUCUGACGAUUCACCGACAAGAUCUGAUGCUGGAGAAGCUUGAGGGCGUCUACACUUUCGGACAGCCCAGAGUCGGGGACGACGAAUUCGGCCACUACAUUAAAAGAAAAUUCAAAACCUACAAUGUCAAUUACAACAGGUAUGUCUAUUGCAACGACGUUGUUCCGAGGUUGCCCUACGACGAUAAGGUCUUCUUCUUCAAGCACUUCGGGCCCUGUCUGUAUUUCAACAGCCAAUACAAAGGCCAGGUUUUGGAGGAGGAACCAAACAAGAACUACUUCUCGCCGAUUCAGGCGAUACCGAAGAUAAUAAAUGCAGGUUACGAACUGAUAAGAAGCUUCGUUCUGCCAUGGAUGAAGGGCGAGGAGUACAGGGAAGAAUGGUUAAUGAAGGUGUUUAGGCUUACAGCUUUGGUCUUUCCUGGAUUAACCGAUCAUUUUGUUGUCGAUUAUGUCAAUCUCACCAGGCUCGGCAAGUUCACUUAA